UCAUCCUCUUCUCUAUUCUCUUCUUUUCAUUUUUUCUUCUCUACAUCUCAUCAAUCCGAAGAACAAGGUCAAAAGCCUCCCGGGAUUGUUAUAAUAUUCGACACGAGACCUCGCUGCCCCCGGGAAGUAACGGUUGGCCCGUAGUUGGCGAAAGUUUGGACUAUUUUUUCAAACUAUGGCAUUGUGUGCCCGAAAAAUUUGUAUCCGAGAGGAGAGUAAAGCACUCGAAAUCGAUCUUCAAAACAUCUCUAUUGGGAGAACCUAUGGCAAUCCUAUGUGGGGCUGAAGGGAACAAGUUUUUGAUAUCCAACGAGAGCAAAUUGGUCCAACCGUGGUGGCCCAAGUCAAUUGACAAGAUUUUUCCCAAGUCCAAUCUCGAGUUCAUGAAGGAAGAUUCCCCGAGAGUUCGCAAGAUUCUCCAUCCUUUUCUUAAAGCGGAUGCCCUUCAAAACUACGUCCCCGUAAUGGAUCAAGUCAUGAAAAAGCAUUUGGAGACGGAUUGGAGUAGUCGAGAUCAAGUAAAAGUGGCCCCUGCCGUGUCAAAAUACACGUUCACGCUAGCUUGCCGGCUUUUCCUAAGCAUCGAAGAUGGGGAGAGAGUUGAAGAGUUAAUGAAACCGUUUGGGGAUCUAGCUGCCGGGAUCGUCUCCAUGGCUAUUAACUUGCCAGGAACAGCAUUCAACCGCGCCAUAAAGGCUUCAAGGUGUAUGAGAAAAGACAUUGAAGAAAUGAUAAAGAAGAGAAAACAGGACAAGUUAUGGGACAAGAGAGAUUUGUUGUGGUGCAUGAUGGAUGGAAACGGGGAUUACGAGGAUUUCUUGACGGAGUCUGACGUUGCGAGUACGAUGUUGGGAUUGUUGCAUGCGGGGACUCACACUCUCAACGUGGCACUCACCUUCAUCGCCAUGUAUUUGGCAGAGCUUCCCCAUGUGUAUGAUGAGGUCUUCAAAGAGCAAAGAGGUAUAGCAAAGUGGAAGGAAGAGAAUGGUGAAGAAUUUCUGAAUUGGGAUGACAUAAAGAAGAUGAAGUAUUCAUGUAAUGUGGUGAGUGAAGUGCUAAGAAUGAGGCCACCUUCAUUAGGGACUUUUAGGGAGGCCAUUGUUGAUUUCACUUAUGGAGGCUAUUUUAUUCCAAAAGGAUGGAAGGUGCAUAUGAUAUCGCAUUCGACACACAAGAAUCCAGAGUAUUUUCCGGAUCCAGAGAAGUUUGAUCCGAGUAGAUUCGAGGGAAAAGGUCCGAGGCCAUACACGUUUGUGCCAUUCGGGGGAGGGCCGAGGAUGUGCCCUGGAAACGAGUUUGCUAGGAUUGUGAUGUUAGUAUUCAUGCAUAAUUUGGUGAAUAAGUUCAAAUGGGAAAAAGUUAUACCAAAUGAAAGAGUAGUGAUUGAUCCUCUUCCCAGACCUGUUCAAGGACUUCCAAUUUGGCUACAUCCAAUUUAGCCUUAUUGUAUGUACUCUGUUCAAGUCACAUUACCAGUACAAGACAAACAGACAGAGAUUCUUAGUACUUAAUAAUUGUUCUUUACUGUUACCCAAGUUAAUUAAUUAAAAAUGUCAAAAGGAAAUCAU